GUAUCCUCGGCUCGAGAAGUCUCGUUCCCCGUCGUCUUCAACUUCUUGCGGUCGUUACCUUGAACGCUCCGACAGGAAACGAUAGUGAUUCGACCACCGCCGGGAACAGAGUAAAUCGCCGCAAAUCUCAUCCCUCCUCGAACGCGCGAUCCGAUCCAACAUGGUUUGCUUGGCGUGCUUGUUGCCUCUCUUCCUCGUCCCCAUCGUGAACUUACUGCCCCUCCUCCUCGACAUCAUCAUGGCGAGAGUAUACGCCCUUUUCGGGUGGGAGUACAGGAAGCCUGUGAGGACUCCUCCAGCAUGUCCAUAUAAGCCAACAGCACCCAUAAAGGAUGGCAAAGUAGGGGAAGGAGAUGCACCGGGUGUUCCUGAGUCAACCGGAAAACCGCCGGAAGUGGCGGACAAGAAGGACGACUGAUGUUAGCUUGAUUGAGAAGCAAAGGAAAGGAAGAAGAGGAAGAAGAAGAAGACACUGCAUUAUCUUAAAACUUUUGUCCAUUCAAGAAAUCCGGUCUGUGAGCUCGUGAAAAACAUGGACACCGAGAGAUUGUUGGUAAAUAAAUGAAAGAUUCACUUAGGUCGAAA